CUCUAUAAGCAGCUGCUAUAAAUUCUCCUCAGGGCUGCUCUUUCAAGCCACUUUGUUCUCUUCUCAUCCUAUUCCUCCCUCUUUUGAGGUAGCUUUCUUCUCACUUAAAUGCUGUCAGACAUGGCUGUUCUGCCUAUGCUUCUUUACCUGGGCACAGUGCUAGUGCUGUGCUGUGGAUUCAGCGUGGACGUGGAUUUGCCGACUGCCUUCCAGGGGCCUGCCCAGAGCUUUGGAAGCAGCGUGGCCCAAAUCGAGAACAUGCUGUUUGUGGGGGCUCCAUUCCAGACAGGUGAAGCCGAUGAAAUGGGCAAACUCUACCAGUGUGCCUACCGCACAGGUGCCUGCAAAGAGAUUAAUAUCCAACGACCUGCAGACGCUGUCAAUAUGUCUCUUGGCUUUUCAUUGGCGGCCCAGAGCUCUCAAGUCCUAGUGUGCGGCCCCACAGUGCAACGGGCCUGUGGGAAGAACAUGUACGUAAAUGGCUAUUGUUUCCUCCUGAACCAGAACCUCCAGCAGCUCCAACGCUUUCCUGAGACCUUGCCAGAAUGUGCUCCUCACCCAACUGACAUCGUGUUCUUGAUUGACGGCUCAGGCAGCAUUAACAGGAGAGACUUUGAAAGGAUGAAGGUGUUUGUUUCUAACGUCAUCAACAGAUUGUCCAGCAGGAACACACUGUUUGCCCUCAUGCAGUUUUCGGAUGAUUUCGAGGAACACUUUGAUUUCAGAGCUCAAGACCCAGCAAGACGCGUGAUGGAUAUUGAGCAGAUUGGGGGCUGGACCUACACCGCUACUGCUAUCCACAGAGUUGUGAAUCAGCUGUUCACCCCACGUAAAGGAUCCCGGAGAGAAGCCACCAAGAUUCUUAUUGUGAUUACAGAUGGGGAGAAGGCAAGAGAUCCCUUGGAGUACUGGAAUGUGAUUCCGGAGGCUGAGCAAGCAAGGAUCAUCCGUUAUGCUAUAGGGGUCGGCAGAGCUUUCUCGACACCCAAAGCCCAGAAUGAACUGCACACCAUUGCCUCCAGCCCCAGCUCUGAGCAUGUCUUUGCAGUACAUGAUUUCGAGGCCCUCAGGGGCAUCCAGGACAAGCUCCAGGACAAAAUCUUUGCCAUUGAAGGGACACAAUCCCAGAGCAGCAGUUCUUUCCAGAUGGAAAUGUCCCAGGAAGGAUUCAGUGCUUUGCUGACCCCGGAUGGCUCUGUCUUGGGCACAGUGGGAGCUUACGACUGGUCUGGAGGGGCGUUUCUAUAUCAGGGUAGCAACAGAAACCCAAGUUUCAUUAAUAUCUCCAGCACUUCUUCUACAGAUAUGAAUGAUGCUUACCUAGGCUAUUCUUCUCAGUUCUUCCAGCUCCAAGGUAGACGUGGCUUUGUGUUGGGAGCCCCCCGUUACAACCACAUUGGCAAAGUGGUUGUCUUUGAGAGACCUACACGAAGCCGACAAUGGCAGCUGACAAUGGAGGCCGUCGGAGAACAGAUUGGCUCAUAUUUUGGAGCGACGCUCUGCUCGGUGGACCUCGAUAGAGACUCCAACACAGACUUGGUUCUCAUUGGAGCCCCCUUGUACUAUGAUGCUGUUACAGGAGGAAGGGUUUAUGUCUGUCAUUUUCAGGAGGAAGGUCUUCAGUGUAGCAUGACUCUGAAAGGACAGGAGGGACACCGUUUUGGCCGCUUUGGGGCCAGCAUGGCGGAAAUAGGUGAGGUCACAGGGGACAGAUGGACAGACGUUGUGAUCGGGGCCCCCCUGGAGGAUGAGAACAUGGGAGCCCUGUACAUCUUUGCGGGCAAAAGGACAUCGCUUAGUCUCCAGUACAGCCAGCGCAUUGAAGGCUUGCGAUUUUCCGGUGGGUUCUUCAACUUUGGCCAGUCUGUCAGCGGAGGGACAGACCUUACAGGGGAUGGCCUGCUGGACCUGACAGUGGGAAGACAAGGGCAGGUGCUGCUGCUGAGGUCCCGCCCCGUUUUGCAAGUGGGUGUCUCCAUUGCGUUCCAGCCCCCUGUCAUCCCCACCUCCGCCUUCCAGUGUCAGGGGCAGGAGCAGCAGCAGCAGGUGGCCAGUGCUGUCAAGAUAUGCUUUGCUGUCUCCAAGGCUACUCGGGAUGCACUAGGUAACAUCUUUAGUGACCUUCGGUAUGUCUUGGCCCUGGACUCGGAGAGAAGCAAAAUUCGGGCCUCCUUCAGCUCUAAAUCCCCCGUUCUGAAUGAGGGCUUUCAGAUUGGCCUUGAGCAGAAAUGCCAGAAUCACCAGAUUGAAUUGCCUAUCUGCAUUGAGGAUACCCUGACCCCGAUCACCCUACGGCUCAAUUACAGCCUCCUGGGGAUGCCCAUUGCUGAAGCCCAAGGUCUGCACCCGAUCCUGAGGGAAGGAUCCCGGCAAGUCUACACGGCGCAGCUGCCCUUUCAAAAGAACUGUGGCACCGAUGGGAGAUGUGAAGACCGCUUGCAAACCUCGUUUGAUUUCUCAGGUUUGGACACCCUGGUUGUGGGCCUGACUCCAGAGCUCAAUGUGACAGCUUCCGUCCAGAACUACGGGGAGGACUCUUACAGCACCACUCUGCGCUUCUUCUACCCAGCAGGAGUGUCAUACCGCAAAGUCACAUUGCUGCAGCCCAGCAGGAAGGUCAUGAGUAUGAAAUGCAACUCGGCUCCUGCAUCCGAAGAAGAUACCAAGCGGAAUGCCACCUGCAACAUCAACCACCCCAUUUUCUGGAGUGGGGCAGAGGCCACCUUUGUUGCCACCUUUGAUGUUUCCCUGGAUGCUGAUCUGGGGGAUACACUGCGGAUCAUGGCCAAAGCCAACAGUGAAAAUGGUGGUGACGUCACAGCGGACAUGGUUCAUCAGGCAGAGCUGCCGGUCAGAUAUGCGGUCUACAUCAUCGUCACGGCUGCUGAAGAAUCAACCAAAUAUAUCAACUUCACAUCCAGUCAGGGGGAAGCCAACGCUAGCGUGGAACAUCGAUAUGAGGUGAAGAACCUCCGUAAGCGAAGUAUCCCCGUCUCGGUCACAUUUCAGAUCCCUACAAAACUGAACGGGAUCCAGAUCUGGAACGUGUCUCAGGUUAUUCCCUCCAAGCCUCAAUUUGCAACUUGUGUUUUGGAAAAAGAAACUGCAGGUGACAAAGACGUUGAGGAGAAGCUGAAAAAGCGCCCCCUUCUGGACUGCUCAGUGGCUUCCUGCAAGACAAUCCGGUGUGACAUUUUGUCCCUGAAGAUGUGGCAGCCGGUGGAGUUCACAAUUAAGGGCAACGUCAGUUUCCAGUGGACAUCUCAGACCAAACAGAAGAAAUUGAUCCUAGUGAGCUCUGCGGAAAUUUCUUACAACAAUCAAAAAUACACCCAGAAGGAGGGUUUUGUGAACCAGCAGGUGCAGACAGUGAUGGAGCAUGUUGAAGUUUACAACUACCUGCCUGCCAUCCUUGGAGGAACCUUUGCAGGGCUUGUCCUUCUGGCUGUCAUUGCUGCAGUCCUCUAUAAGGUCGGGUUCUUCAAGCGUCAGUAUAAGCAGAUGUUGAGUGAUGCUGGGGACGACAACGGACCUUCACCUCCCAUCCAGGAAGGCACAGACUCCUCUCCCCCUGACAAAGUCUACUGACAGCCCUCCUGGGUCUUCCGACACUCUGUUGGGGAGCUGGUGGAAGAAGAUGGGGAGGAUCCUGUUUGCCCACCCAAAAAAGGCUAUGCUGGGGACCAAAGGGGCUAUGUCUACAAAAGCCACCUGAGGCAAGGACUGCAGGAUGGAGGAGAACUGGGAAAGACGGAGCGAAAAAGCUGGCUGGGUCCAGCCCCAGGACUUUGUUGUGGCAGUGAGUUGGCAGAAUUGUUUUGGCAAUUUCAAACUCAGGUCUUUGAGUACAAAAACCAUUGUGAGUUAGAUUUGCUAAUAAAUUAUUCCAACAAUAA